GGGGCCCGGGGCGGCGGGCGCCGCACUCGCUGAGGCCCCGACGCAGGGCCGGGCCGGGCCCAGGCCGCGCGCGCCCGACGCGAGAACCGCGACCAGCAGGUGGAGUGCAGGCGCUGGGGUCAUUCAGUAACCAGAGCCUCUGGAGGAAAACACCUGUCCACGGUGGGCCUGGAGCCCUGGAGCAGUUGACCCCAGGCCCUGCAGGUCGGACACCCUUGAGGACAGCCAUCGCCUGGCCCUGCUAGCCUGUGCCUUGGACGGCUGUUCUCAGUGAAGGACCGUGCGGCCGCCCCUGAGCAGCGACCAUGGGCCUGCUUGCCUACCUGAAGACCCAGUUCGUGGUGCACCUGCUCAUUGGCUUCGUCUUCGUGGUGAGCGGGUUAAUUAUCAACUUCACCCAGCUGUGCACACUGGCCCUCUGGCCCAUCAGCAAGCACCUAUACCGCCGCAUCAACUGCCGCUUGGCCUACUCGCUCUGGAGCCAGCUGGUCAUGCUCCUGGAGUGGUGGUCCUGCACGGAGUGCACUCUCUUCACCGACCAGGCCACCGUGGACCACUUUGGGAAGGAGCAUGUGGUUGUUAUCCUCAACCACAACUUCGAGAUCGACUUCCUUUGUGGGUGGACGAUGUGCGAGCGGUUUGGCGUGCUGGGGAGCUCCAAGGUGCUGGCUAAGAGGGAGCUGCUGUGUGUGCCUCUCAUCGGCUGGACGUGGUACUUCCUAGAGAUCGUAUUCUGCAAACGGAAGUGGGAGGAAGACCGGGACACCGUCAUAGAGGGACUGAGGCGCUUGGCUGACUACCCAGAGUACAUGUGGUUUCUCCUGUACUGCGAAGGAACACGCUUCACAGAGACCAAGCAUCGCAUCAGCAUGGAGGUGGCUGCCUCCAAGGGGCUGCCCCCACUCAAGUACCACCUGCUGCCCCGGACCAAGGGUUUUACCAUGGCAGUCCAGUGCCUCCGGGGGACAGUUGCAGCUAUCUAUGACGUGACCCUGAACUUCAGAGGGAACAAGAACCCAUCUCUACUGGGGAUCCUGUAUGGGAAGAAAUAUGAGGCAGACAUGUGUGUGAGGAGGUUCCCCCUGGAAGACAUCCCAGCAGAUGAGACCAGCGCCGCCCAGUGGCUUCACAAGCUGUACCAGGAGAAGGAUGCCCUGCAAGAGAUGUACAAGCAGAAGGGUGUAUUCCCAGGGGAGCAGUUCAAGCCUGCCCGAAGGCCGUGGACCCUCCUGAACUUCCUGUGCUGGGCCACCAUCCUCCUCUCACCCCUCUUCAGCUUCGUCCUGGGUGUCUUUGCCAGUGGAUCCCCGCUCCUCAUCCUGAUGUUCUUGGGGUUUGUGGGAGCAGCUUCCUUCGGAGUCCGGAGACUGAUAGGAGUGACUGAGAUAGAGAAAGGCUCCAGCUAUGGCAACCAAGAGCUUAAGAAAAAGGAAUAAUUAAUGCUGUGAUUGAACACCCAUAACCUGAUGCGGUAUCCAAUUAACUCAAUUAAAAACAGAACACACAAGAGCGAGGGAAAGAGACACUUAGAGACUAUUUUUCUUAUUAACUGGUGACUAAUAUUAACAAAACUUGAGCCAAGAGCAAAGAACUCGGCCUGCCAGCUGAAGAUGGUCGGCCAGCACCGGCAGGGUCCCAUCAGCCCUCUGCGGGGACAGAGGCGGGUUUGGGGGAGGUGGUGGGGCCACAGCGCUCCCCCAGAACUUCACCUCCAAGAGGCAGCCUUGGCUGCUCUCCCUUCUUAAACUUAGAAUGAGGCUUUUGUUUAUUAUCAGUUAUUUGGGGAACGUAACCUGGCCCCAACCCUGUGCCCUGCACCCCAGAACACUGGCUCUCCCUGAGUGCCGCUGCCUCCUGGGGGCAGGUCAGCUGGCCCCCUGUCCUGCAGCAUUCAUCCCGCCCUGCUUGGCACCUUAGCUUCCAGCCCCGGGAGAGGGAGGAAGUCUUCUUAGAGAUAAGCACACACUGAAUGUGGAUCUGGCCCUUUUGUCCCUCCCUUGCCCUCCCUACCCGGCCCCUGGGGGCUGAAGACCACACCUCCGUCCUCUGCAGCUUCCGUUGGCACCGCCUCGCUGGGGGCUGUGUCUAAGCACCUUAAGUCUCUUUUAAAAGUGAACGCCCGCCCGAGAACUCUGCAGAAUGUGGAACCCUUGAGUUCAUAACAGCACCUCCGUACUGUUCCCUCUCUCACUCUCUUCCUCUGUAGCCAACAGGCUGCCAUCCUGCACAGGGCCAGAUGGGAAGACCGCACGCCAGCCCCACACCUCAGAGCUGUGGUGCCUGGGGGCUCCAGCCUAUGGGACUCCCCUGGGACACUCUUCAGAGGGCCAUGUCACCAUCAGGCCUCCCUGUUCUCAGUCAGACCCCAUUAGUGCUUGUUAGCAUUAGAAUCUCUUUACAGGCGUUGGUCUGUGGCUGGCUCGAAGCUUCUCCCUGACCUCCCCCUCUUCUGCCUCUAUUCAGGCAGGUGUCAUGGCUGCUGACCAUACCCACCAUUGCCCCUUCCCACCUCAGUGACAUACACUGUCCUGGCAGAGAACAGGGGACCUCAGCCCGCACUUGGUGCCUUGCCAGGGUCCCUUUGCUGGCCCUGGAGGCCCAUUUCCUUCUCGCUCAGCACAGGAAGGACCUGCCUGGUUUCUGGGAGACCUAGGUCCUCAAGGACCACCAUCAUAGCUUUUCUCUUCUGUCUGGAACUGGCUCUUUUAAAGUCAUUCAUGUUUUCUAACAAGAAAAAACUGGGGUUUUUUUUUUUGUUUUUGUUUUUGUUUUGUUUUUUUUGUGGCAUACUGCAACCAGAGCUCAUAGUAAAAGCAGAGAAGAUUUAUAGUGUACAAUGGAGGAAGGAGGCCUAGAGAAGCCUGAGGGCAGCCCUGGGCCUGACUGUAUGGCCCCAAGUGCUGGGGACCGAGUCACAGAAGAUGCUAAUAGUCUCUACGGUCCGUACACAAUAGAGUGUUUUCUCCCACUCUUGGGUAACAGCAGCACACAAGGCUGCUUGUAAGGGUGAAAGGUUGAGUCAAGCUAACUGAGACAUUGAAUCUCUUCCCCUCCAGCUGAAGACUUGAGCGCCCUGGCCUCUGCCAACUACGAGCUAUCUUGGGCAUUCCUGAGGGUCUUCUCCCUCCUUGGUGGGUUUUUUCUUUCUGUCUAUCUGUCUGCUUGGGGUCUCUGUCUUUCCCCACACACCGUCCCCUCACAAAUGGGAAGGUAACAGGCCAAUGGGCCCUGCCCUGCAUGCACCUGCCUCCCUCCUCCCCCGCUGGGGAAAGCAACCUCAGAGCCUUUACCACUUCACUAAUGCCUCUGGCUUCCCACAGAAGCCCUGAGCCUUUGGGGUCAGCUGACCAUUGAGUCUAUGAAUGACAGAGGAGUCCAGGCUGCAGGCUCUGCCCUCCUAGGCCUGCUCAUCAUCCAAUGCAGUGCUUCUGAGAGCAAUAAAAACUACACUAGGAAUGUGGGUGUGGGCUUAUUUGAGGGUGGGGUGGGAUCAGAUUUUGCUUUUCAUCUGCUUCAGAAAGAAAAGGGGGAGGAGAGCCCCUUCAAUUUUUCUAUUAAAUUAAUAAAUCUCAGAAUAAUGCUUUUUCUCUUUUCCUUCACACCCUACUACUGAUAGGCAUGGCAGAUGUCAUGCCCAGAUUCGGGCGGAAGUGUCUUCUGAAGCAGUUUGCUAGAAGCAGCAGGCUUAGGAGCCAGAGGCAUUCUGGAACUGGAGUGGUUGGUGGCCUGGGGGGUGGGGGACUGGCCUGCUAGGCUGGCUCUGCUUCAGGCUCCCCAGGAGAGGGACCCCCACAAAGGUCAGCCCAGACUGGGAUAUGGCCUCCUCCCCACUCAGGGUCAAGAGCCAGAUAAGUGAGGCUCCCAUCAUCUCCCCAAGAGACCCUUCCACUGUCCAGGUGGUCUCCCACCCCUGGUCCCUGGCCACACCCACAUACCUCAUGCAGGCCUCUCUGAAGCUGUGCUGAACUUCAGCAAUGGCUGCCAUUCUCCUGACUGCUUAUACCAUUUCAUGGUACCCACAUUGAGCAUCUAGGGACUGUGCUUCUGUCUUUGAGGGCUUUGUGUUCGCAUCCUGAUUGGUGACCAUCCUUGGAGAAGCAGGAGCAUCACACUAGGAAGGCUGAAUGGUCAGAAUGUAGGCAGUUCAGAGAUCAGGGACACUCUCCUUUUGACAAGACUUUUUAACCCAAAGGUUAAACAAACAAAACAAAUGCAUGCUGUUUGUGGGUCUUUGGUGACAUCUAUGAGGCACAUCUCUGAGAUGCUGUAAGCCCUGUCCUGGGGGGAGGGGAGUGAAGGGGGAGAGGCGGAACCAGUCUGAUUAAAGAGAUGAGCUCUGAAUACUCAGGCUGCUUGAUAACAAAUGGCAACAAUGUAACAAUACCUUCUAGUAGGAACAGUGCAGGUGUCUCCACAGAUGCCUUGGGCUGCCCCUCCCUCCCCUUUUGUGUACCUUGCCCUGAGAAUCUUUUCUACCUAGUCCAGCCUUCAUACCAUCCAAGGAAAAAAGUCUGGGUUAGCCCCAAUUUGUGUCAGGUUCAGGCUGGAAGAAUUAAGUGGCUCUUCCUGCAUGUUGCCCUGUCUCUGCCUGAGACUGUAUAGGACAAGCCAAAAGUAGCCUUUCCAGUCCUGAUGACCUGCACCUAAACUGUCCCACACAUAAACCCAAACCACUAGCUAGAUGCAUGCGACGCUUAAUGCUAGCCAUUUUGGUGUGGCUUCUAGCCCUCUACAGUGUCAUGAAGCUCAGGGUUAGAAUGGCGCACCUGAGAUGCCUGCUGCCUUCUUUCUAGAAACAUCUCUGGCCUAUGGGCCAGCCCCAAACCAAAGGCAACUGGGCCUGGGUUCGGGCACCCCUGACCUGCCUCAGGCCUUGUCCCAGAGUCUUGCCGUGGGGCUGUCAGGUGGGUACUGACAUUCACGCCCCAGAUCCCUGCAUACAGGGGCCAGGAUUUUAAAAUGCAAGUUCAGGCUUUGGGCGAUCUGCUUGGCUGACAGGGUGGACACAUGAAUCGAAUUUAUCACAGGCUUUUGAAAUCGGUUAAUCCAGGAGAAAGGUGGUAUUCUCCCAAAUCACUCCAGAAAUCAACCAACGAGAGCACUUUGCAGAGGUACCAGAGAUGGUGGCAUCCUCUCUUCACAGAGAGCGACCUGUGAAACUGUGAACUUUGUGCUGACAGGUCACCUGGAGGUUUCUUUUUCUCCGUAGCUUUUUUGGGUUUCUUUCUGUUGCAAAAGUGUUGGGACAGAAGCGGAACUGUGAAUGAGACUCUGAAAUGCACUAAAUUGUAUUCUAUUAAACUGGAGUUACUUGAUUCAAUGAA